AUGCUUCGUGGUGUGAGUGUGUGCGGUAGGAGGUUGUAUUCUGGUGCUGGUGCUCGGGUGAAAGUGCGGACGCCGCUCGUUGAGCUGGACGGGGAUGAGAUGACUCGUGUGAUCUGGGAGCAGAUCAAGACACGGCUCGUGCUGCCCUUUGUGGAUGUGCCCCUGGAGUACUACGAUCUGGGGAUCAAGGAGAGGGACCGUACUGGGGACAAAAUCACGGGGGACGCUGCUCGUGCGAUUCAGAAGUUCGGUGUUGGUGUCAAGUGCGCCACGAUCACACCAGAUGAACAGCGUGUUGCCGAGUUUGGGUUGAAACAGAUGUGGAGGUCGCCCAAUGGGACAAUCAGGAAUAUCCUGGGCGGUACUGUGUUCAGAGAGCCAAUUGUAAUCCCAAGGAUCCCUCGGUUGGUGCCCCGGUGGGAGAAACCAAUUGUUAUUGGGAGACACGCCUUUGGGGAUCAGUACCGUGCCACAGAUAUCACGGUCCCACAAGAGGGUGGUACGUUGGAGCUUGUGUUCACGAACGGUGUCACGGGGGAACAGCACAAGCACGAGGUGUACAAGUUUGCGAACGGUGGUGGUGUCGGUCUUGCAAUGUACAACACGGACGAGAGUAUCCGUGGGUUUGCACACGCUAGUUUCAAACUGGCUCUGUCCAAGAAACUUGACUUGUUCCUGUCCACAAAGAACACCAUCCUAAAACGGUACGACGGUCGCUUCAAAGAUCUCUUCCAAGAGAUCUUCGACGCGGAGUACAAACAACAGUUUGAGGAAUCGGGUAUCCAGUACCAACACCGUCUUAUCGACGAUAUGGUCGCACAGAUGAUCAAGUCCAAGGGCGGGUUCAUCAUGGCCCUCAAAAACUACGACGGGGACGUACAGUCCGACAUCGUCGCUCAGGGGUUCGGAUCCCUGGGACUCAUGACCUCAGUGCUAGUCACUCCAGAUGGGAAGACUUUCGAGAGUGAGGCUGCCCACGGGACUGUCACAAGACAUUACAGGAAGUACCAACGUGGUGAGGAGACUUCGACGAACCCGAUCGCGUCCAUCUUCGCUUGGACUAGAGGAAUCGCAAAACGGGGGGAACUUGACGGCACACCAGACGUCGUCAGAUUCGCAAACAUCCUCGAGUCAGCAACGCUAAACACGGUCCAAGAGGAUGGGAAGAUGACUAAGGACUUAGCGGCAACUCUGGGGAAGACUGACCGCGCGUCGUACGUUAACACGAACGAGUUCCUACAAGCCGUCGAGGAUAGACUCACCCAACAGAUCAAAUCUCUAAACUGA